AUGGUGGACAGUCAAUCUUUUGGUAAAGAUUUAGAAUCUGGAUUUCCAGAAGGCUCAAACUCUACUGAUGCUGAAAUUUUCAAAAACAGAUUUGAUACAAUUGCAGGCCCAAAAUAUUCAAGAUUCUCAUUGAGGAGUCUAAAAAGAAGAAAGUAUUUGGUUGUGCUUAUCGUACUUGCUCUGUUUUUCAUUGCAGCUUCUGGUCUUUACACUUCUCAAAAUGGUUUAGAUGUUCUGGAUUAUUACAAAAACAAAGUCAAAGGAUCAGGUGGCUCAGAUCCUGAAGUUGAAAACAACUCUGGUAAUCGUGAUCAACCUGUUUAUAAAGACAACGAUGAGGCCUUGACUGAAGGUGCUCUUUCUGCUGCAAAGGAAGGUCAAAAGGCAGAUACUCAAAAGCCUGGCUCAGAGUCUUCUGCACAAAAUGACGGACCUCUUUAUGUUGAUAAUGAUGAGCCUUUAAAGGUUGAUGGUAUCAAAGCUGAUGGUGAAGCUGCUAGUGUUGAACAAGAUGCAGCUGAAGCGCCAAAGGCAGCUGUCAUUGAUGAACCAAAGGGUGAAGAUGGUUUGAAAAUCACUAUUGAAAAAGAACCAGAGGCUGCUGCACAAGUUGAAGGCGUUCCAAAAGUUGAGACUGCUGAAGAGGUUGCCAAAGAGAAUGAAUUAAAAGUUGAUUCGGCAAAAGCUGAACAAUUGAAGGAGGAAAGUAACAAAGAGCUUAACCAAUGA